GCGAGAACCACUUCCCUCAGAGUCCUAAACAACUCUACUCCUACAAACCUCUAAAGGGAUUCCUUGCUGUAUGGAAAUGGAGGGUCGAGUAGAAAGAGGAACUGCAAGCAAGACAGACUUAAUUACAGGGACUAUCACUUCCCUCCACUCAGCAUGGAGAAAGUUGAUGGAACUGAAAUCUAACUACAGGAAAGAUGUUUAACCACAAAACAAAUAAAUGUGAGAGUAAACCAGGCCUUGGCUUUUGUGGAUGGAUCCUUGUUGCUCUGUCUACGUUUUUCACAGUGCUGUUGUUCCCGAUCACAAUUGGUAUUAGCCUCAAGAUUGUUAAGGAAUAUGAACGAGCUGUAAUAUUCAGACUUGGCCGCAUCACAGCUAGAAAGCCAAAGGGACCAGGUAUCUUCUUUAUCAUUCCCUGCACUGACAGCUUUGUAAAGGUGGACAUGAGAACAGUAUCAUUCGACAUUCCUCCUCAAGAGAUUCUGACAAAGGACUCGGUGACAGUAAGUGUGGACGGAGUGGUGUAUUUCCGGGUGAGUGAUCCCAUCGCCUCUGUGGCAAAUGUCACCAAUGCUGAUUACUCUACACGCCUGCUUGCCCAGACUACCCUAAGGAACGUUCUGGGCACCAAGAACCUAGCUGAGGUUUUGUCAGAUCGUGAGGGCAUCUCUCACAGUAUGCAGAUGACUUUGGAUGAUGCCACAGACUCUUGGGGCAUCAAGGUGGAGCGUGUGGAAAUAAAGGACGUGAAACUGCCUCAACAGCUUCAGAGGGCCAUGGCAGCCGAGGCUGAGGCAACCCGCGAGGCUAGAGCUAAGGUGAUCGCAGCAGAGGGAGAAAUGAACGCUUCACGUGCUCUGAAAGAGGCUUCACUGGUGAUCGCUGAGUCUCCAUCUGCUCUACAGCUCCGCUACCUGCAGACCCUCAACACCAUCGCUGCUGAGAAGAACUCCACCAUCAUCUUCCCACUGCCCAUAGACAUGAUGGGUCACUUUCUGAAAAAAUGAAAAUUGGAAAUAACUCCAGUCUCCCUCACAAAUAUGAACGUUUACUUUUCAGAGGACUAUGUAUUACUUUGACUUCCCUGGCAAAAGAUUUUAUAUCGUAAUGUACCAGGUGUCAUAUCAAUGCCAAAUUCGGCACCUGACUCCAUUUCCCAGAAUGCACCUCUGACUACAAAUGUGCUCCAUAAACUCCAACUCCUAGUUCACAUGCUCAAAUUCACCUGAAUACUCAUUGCACACACCUGACACAAUCGCCAUGAUACGCUAUUUAGGCGCGAUCACAGCACUAAGACUUUGUAAAAUAUUGGUUCAGCUCUGUUUGCUCCUCUGACAUAUCAUGCCUUUUGAUUUGCUCAUGUUUACUGUUUCUGGUUUUGACCCAUUUUUGUUUUCUCAUUUCACGAUUAUCAACCCACUGCUUGACACUGGACACUGUGAUUAAUAUCGGGCUGUGGAUUUGUUUGUUCGUGCCAGCCUUUAAUUAAAAGCAUUCACUCCAACUGUUGCUGUCUCAGUCUCCUGAGUUAGGGUCAGCAGGACUAUGUAUUUUUGCUGGAACUGUGUAGUGUUCUAUGAAAAAUGAUCCACAAACAGACAUAAAAAACCCAAUAAACAGUUUAAUUAUUUUAA